AUGUAUAAAAGUUUGAUACGCCUUCAAUCGCGUUUCACGUUGAUCCAGAUACACCUCUCAAACUUGUCGAUUCACGUUGAUCCAGAUACACCUCUCAAACUUGUCGAGUACUAUGGCAUUAUAAACAAGGUGUGCAAAUACGACACCAUCCAGGACAUGCCACAAACUAAGUUUGAUAAGAUUCUCACACAACUCAAUUUCCUCAAACAAACCUUUCGUAACUUU